AUGAAAGACUUCAGAUCCACCGACGCUUACCUAUCCGCCUUCGUCCUGAGUAUCUACGUCCUAGGCUACGCUUUUGGACCACUCCUCAUUAGCCCCCUCUCCGAGCAGUACGGCCGACUACCUUUGUACCACCUGUGCAACGUGCUCUUCACCAUAUGCACUUUGGCCUGCGGGCGCGCAAACUCACUCGGUGUCUUAGCUGUUUUCCGGUUCCUUGCUGGUGUGGGCGGAAGUAGUGUAUUCGCUCUUGCACCAUCAAGCCUCGGAGAUCUUAUGGUGAAAGAGAAGCGCGGAGGCGUCAUGGCAUUGAUAGGUCUGGCAUAUAACCUUGGUCCAGCGAUUAGUCCUACAGCAGGCAGCUACCUCAAUGCUGCGAAAGGAUGGCGAUGGAUCUUCUAUCUCACUGCUAUCCUUGGUGGGAUAGGUACAGUCCUUAGUAUGCUUUGUUUGUCGGAAACCUACGAGCCGGUUCUACUUCGGCGGAAAACAGUGCGACUGCGGAAUGAGACUGGGAACGAGAACUUACGAGCAAGACCUGAUGUGGAUACGGCAGCAAGUAAGCUGGAGUCUUUUGGCACUGCGAUGUUUAUGCCGCUUCGCAUGCUACUCUUGUCACGUCCGAUUUUCUUUACAUCACUCCUUACUGCUAUCAGUUACGGCUACAUCUACGUCCUGUACACGACCCUCCCAACCACGUUUGUCGAAACAUACAAGUGGGCGCCGAAAAUUCUGGGUCUCGCCUAUCUGGGCACUGCAUUCGGCAACCUCAUUGGUAUGCUUGGAGGCGCUGCGAUUAGCGAUAACCUUGUCAAGCAAAGAGCACUGAGAGGCGACACACGACCGGAGAACCGAUUGUUACCUAUGAUAUUUUGGUGGCCGCUUUUCUUCACUGGUACAUACAUUCUCGAUGCCCACCCCCUACAUUCUGCAUCUGGCAUGGCUGCCUGUUCUGUCAUGCGUUCGCUUGUCGGUGGUCUUGCGCCUCUUUUCUCGCAUAAGAUGUACCAAAAGCUUGAUGUGGGCUGGUCGUUCUCAUUACUUGCGUUUAUUGCCCUCGCACUCACGCCGGUACCAUGGGUGUUCUAUACUUUUGGCGAAAAGUGGCGUGCUAGGGAGCGUUAUGGUGGACGGGCUGAGGUUGAUGGAUUGAGUACAGAGCAGAGCAGUACGCUGGAUGUGGCGUCGGAAGCAGAAGGUAGGGCGCAUGUAUGA